GCUGGACGAGAUUAGAGUUUUUGGGAAUUUAUUUCCACUCGAAAAACUUCGAUUUCUUUGGGAUUCUGCACUCGACAUCUCCGUUCGUCAUUAUUUUGUGACAAAUCACGCGUUUAUCGUGAAACUUCCGGAAUCCGCUUGAAAAAACUGUCGAAAUUCGAUGCUCGUCCGAUUCGGCUCGAACUCGCCGUAGAAUUUUCGAGGACUGCGACUGUAAUGUGGGAUCGGCCACGUCUCGGUUGAGAAAACGAUAGCGCACGUAUUCCUUAGUAGCAUCUUGCAGUCGAGCUCGCCAGAACAUCAUCGUAGACAGUGGAAAAAAUACCUCCUCGUUACGUCGAUCGUCAAACGUUGCCAAGUGGCGAUGAUAAUUCGCAAGGACUCUCUCGACCUGGUCUUGGGUGUAUGCGAACGAUGUAGUUUGGACUCGACUACUGAAACGCGACGAAUAACACGAGAGAAUUCUCCUCUCGUGAGACAAACGAGCUUCCGAUCGUAUACAACGACCGGAAAAACAAAACGUUUUUUUUUCUCGUCGAACGACCCGUUGAUCGAACGCGGGGACUUGAAUAACGCAAACACUGCCGAUCAGUGAAGAGCUACAAAAGCUCUUUUGACCCGGUCUCAUGUGCGUCGGAAAAGGAAAAAAAGUUGCGGAACAAGACAAUAUGACGUCUCGGAUCAGACCGUUAAAGAUCACUGCUGUGGGUGAUGGAAUGGUUGGAAAAACGUGCAUGCUCAUCACGUACGCCUCGAACAAAUUUCCAGUUGAAUACGUACCGACAGUGUUCGACAACUAUGCGGGCAUUAUUUGGGUCGACGGUCAACAAUUUAAUUUAACCCUGUGGGACACUGCUGGACAGGAAGAUUACGAACGACUUCGACCACUUUCGUAUCCAAACACGGAUUGCUUCCUGCUGUGUUUCUCAGUGAAUUCCAGAAGCUCUUACGAGAAUGUUGCGAGCAAAUGGCAUCCGGAAAUCAAAUUCCACUGUCCGAACGUGCCGAUCGUCCUCGUUGGUACGAAAGGAGACUUAAGAAGCGACGAAAGCGUGGACGUGAUAACGAUGCGAGAUUGCAAGAAAAUGCGGGACAAAAUCCGAGCUUCGAAGUACGUCGAGUGUUCAGCUAUGAAGCAAGAAGGUCUCGAGGAAGUUUUCGUCGAAGCGAUAAGAGCGGUACUCAAGAAGCCAUCGUCGAGAAAGUUGUGCUGCAUUCUGUGAUAAGGACGAUUCCAGGAUGACUAUUAUCGUUCCAGUUUUUUUUCUUUUUUUUUCUUCAUUUUUCAUUCGGUGUGAAAGAAAAACGAUAUGAACGUUGAUCGAAUUAUUCGAGAGCAUUUUGUAACCAAAGACUUAUCGCGUAGUUCUUUUUCCAAUAAUAAGUAAGCUAGCUCUGUAAAUAUUUAAAACUCUUUUUACUCUCAUUCAUUUUAGUAUAUUUAGUCAUCGGAGUUUUUUUCUCUAAUGACGAAUGUGGACUGCCCGAAAGAAAAAGCGUGAAAUGAAGCAGAUGGAAUAAUUCAAAAUAGAAAUAUAUUUGUACUCACGAUUCGUGAGAAAUCUUCGAAACUCAAAUUUUAAAACUUUUUUGAAGAAAAAGAAAUAAAUGUUCAAAUAUUCUUGGA